AUGCCGUCCGCCGCGGCCCGGCGCAUGUACGAGGAUCAAAUACCGUCGUUCAUGUCAGUCUUUGACCUCGACGCCGAGACCAUGGCCGACCGCGACACCGUGACCCUCGUCGACCCGAAAAUGGUCACGGUGGAAUCCAAGGCGCCUGUUCUUGCGAACCCAUCCUCUCAGCCAGACUUGACCACUGGCUCGAUGCCAUCCGACGCCAUUCACAAGCACCAUGACAGCACCUCGACACAAAUGUCCGAGUCCACGGACUCGUCUCCGACGACGACCCUCUCGACCACCGACUCUUCUCCCCUCUCAGACCCGUCACCGUCCUCGUCGCCCGACUCUCCCAUCAACCUAAUACCGCUGAACAACUAUCCUUCGGCCAUGUUUGGAUGUCGAUCCGGCCAGGCAACGAUGCUCAGUAUUCCGGAAGCCGGGACGCUUGAGCGGCCAAUGACUUCCCCGGCGCCGCGUCGGCCCCGCAACAUGAAGGGCUUGUCAAUACAGCCCCCGGCUGCCGUUACGACGACGACCCCCAAGUCUUUCGCCACAGAGCCAUCCUCACCGUCAUUCAUCAAGCCAACUAUCCCUGCCAUGAAACGGAAGCCGAGCCAACUCAGCCUCAAGACAGGCACUUCUGAUCUGUUGGUUAAAGCGUCACUGGAGGUGCCGGCAUCUCCAGGAAUGCCACCAAUCCUGCAGCGACGGGCUUUGAAGCACUCGACGUCAUCCCCUCACAUGCUUAGCGGUCUCAAGUCCUCAACGUUCGGCCCUCCGGGUGGCAUGACAUUUCCCAGGGUACUGGAGCGCAACCAAUCCGGACUGUCCGAGGUCUUGCGUCCCAUGAAGACGAGCAUGAACACCGAGUUCGAAACAACCAUUGCCGAGGAGGAUUCGCCCAUCAAGACGCAGCUUGCCAAGCGCACCGAGUUCGAGCCGUACCACGAGAGCCUCAACAAUGAGGACCAGAAAUCACCAGGCUACCCGGAGGGUCCAAUCGCCAUAUACGGCGACAAUGUUUAUCUGUACCUGGAGCCGACAGCCGAGGAGGCUUCACGGUUCGAUGUGGUGAUAAACGUGGCUCGAGAAGUCAAGAAUCCCUUCGACCGACUCCCGAAACCCUACUUCAACCCAAGCUCUGCUUUGGAUGGAACGCAUGCACCGCCAACACCGCUGGACGAAAGCCCAGUCCCGGAUACUGCCGUCACCAACGCCAGCUACGCAACUGCCUUUGAGUUCCCGCCGAGUGACGACAAGCCGAUGGAGACGCCCACGACACCAAAGGCGAAUCCGCUCAAGGACCCCGAGUACAUUCACAUUCCUUGGGACCACAACACAGACAUUGCCCCAGACCUGAUGCGGCUCUGCGAAACGAUAGAGAAUCGCACUAAGCAGGGCAAGAAAGUGCUCGUGCAUUGCCAGCAGGGGGCCAGUCGCUCGGCCAGCUUGAUCAUAGCGUACGGGCUGUACCAAAAGCCUGAACUGACCGUCAACGACGCCUACUAUGCGGCGCAGGGGAAGAGCCGAUGGAUCAGCCCCAACAUGAAGCUCAUGUACUCUCUGCAGGACUUCCACAAGGAGCUGUCCAAGAAGCGCCUGCCCCCGAAUUCUGCAUACCGCCCACGGACGGGUCGGAGCCCGACAAAGCACAGGUUGACGCUUUCCGCCGACGCAAUUGACAUGGCGCCAAAGGAGCCCCAGAGCGCGCCUCUCCCAGGAGAGGACGGCAAAGUCGGCGACACGGGCUCUGCCCAGAGCCCGACACGUCCUAGGGGCAGCUCGACGCCAGGAGUUCCGUCUGUGUCGCCUGGACCUGCGUCUGCACCCUUGACUUUCUCAUGGAGGGAGCAAGUGGACGAGAAGCCGCCUCAGCUACCCAAGCCCGAUACUGAAGAGACUGCCGGGCGAGCAAAGUUUGGUUGCGAAACACCAGAAUCUAGCGCUCCGACGGCUGAAAGGUCGUGGACAAUCCCAACCAGCAUCUCGGCGGAUGCUUCGCCGCGGUCGCCAGAUUCGCCUCUGGCUCGACCCGAAAGCAAUGCAUCGAAAGAUGCCACCCUCAUGGAGCAGACAGUGACAAUACGACCGGCCGGCCCCGAUGAAGAUGCCCUCAUGUCCCCGCGAGCCGAAACCAUGACCGAAAACCCGUUCCAUGGUGGAACCCAAAUGGCCGGGUUGCGCUUUGCCGAGGCGCCACCGACGCCGACUGGAGGUCUGUUCUCUCCUCGACAGUCAAUAUUUGCGCGGGACCCCUUCUCCUUCUUCGGAAGGAUUGCAUCCUUUGGCCGCCCACCUCAGGUUGCCGAUCCUCGAAGCCCGCCAACCAAAGGGGAGACGCCGAUAGUUCGUUCCAUUGACGACGUGCUAUGA